AUGCUUGGCCAGACUGGCUCUAUCGUUGGAUCGCGAUUCUUCCCUAAAGAGGGGAGUCCCUGCUAUAUCAAAGGUAUAGGUAUUAGUGCUGGCUUGCUGUUCUUUGCCGCAAUCCUCGCUCAAUUUUUGGGAUUAUUGAUGAGGUGGGAGAGUCAUAGUCGAGAUGCUAUUCACAGUCCUAUGGACAAGGAUAAGAAUAGCGAGGCCAUGAUCAACUCUGGAGAUGACCACCCUAAUUUCCGAUUCAUUUUUUAG